CAGCUUGAAAUAUAUUGGAAUUUUUAUUUAGAAAGCUUUAAUUAUUUAGAUUUUUAUGGAAUAACCAGAGAUCCAACGACUAAUGAAUUUGCAAUGAUUUUAGAAUUUGCAAAUAAUGGAAAUUUGAGAAAUGCUCUCUCAUAUAAAUUUAAUAGUAUUUUAUGGAAAGAUAAAAUUUUGUUGUUAUAUGAUUUGGUUGUUGAUCUUAGCAAUAUGCAUAAAUUGGGAUAUUUUCAUAAAGAUCUACAUAGUGGAAAUAUAUUGCUAAAAGAUAGAUUAUCAUAUAUUUCAGAUUUUGGAUUAUCUGUGCCAGCAAAUGAACAAAAAUCAGAUAAUAAAGUGUAUGGUGUAUUGCCAUAUAUUGCCCCAGAAGUUUUAAACAAAGAGCCAUACACUUCGUCAUCUGAUAUUUAUAGUUUUGGUAUAAUUAUGAUCGAGUUAUCAUUUGGAAAACCACCAUUUUACAAUAGAAAACAUGACUUACACUUAGCAUUAGCUAUAUGUGAUGGACUCAGACCUGAAUUUGGGAAAGGAACACCUGAGGUUUAUAAGAAAUUAGCAUAUAGAUGUACAAAUGCUAAUUCAAUUAAAAGACCAACAGCUGAUGAAUUAUUCGAUAUAAUGGAACUCUGGCAUAGAUCUAUUAUCUUUGGAGAAAAUUUUAGUUAUAAUGGAAAAGAAAUUAAAGCCAUACUUGAAGAGGCUGAUAUAGAAAUACCAAAUAUUUCAACCUUUUACGAAAAAGAUCCUGAUGCUAUAUAUACCAGCCGAGAACUCACUUUUAAUAACCUAUCAAAACCCAUUAAUUCCUCUAUUAUUAGUUCAUAUCUUCAAGAGGACAAAAUUAAUGAAGGUACUAUUGAUUUAAAGUUUAUUAUAAAUUUAUUGAUAAUUAACCUAUUAUUUUUUUUAUUUAGCAACCUAUCAUGA